UAAAGCCGUCGUGCUUUUCAGUUAGAUAUCCGCAGUCUUGCUUUGCAUCAUCCAACAUGAAGACUUCUCUUGUGGUUCUUGUCUUGAGCGCCGUUGUGGCCGCUGUUAUUGCCGAUGGUGAAUAUGCGCCUCCAGCGUACGAGAAGAAAUACGACGGUUAUUUCCAAUACGCCAAUGUUCCCGGUAAAGACGAGUACGAGUUCGGAUACAACCGUGGAAAUCCCCAGCACAACCGCAACCACUACGAGCAGUCCAAGGAUCACCGUUUCCGCACCAAGGUCAAGUGGACCGACACCAAAGAAGGUUAUGGCGAGCACUACUGGGAGUACAACCACGGUGAUGCUGGCUACAAAGCUGAUUACGCCGCUCCAGCCUAUCCUGCUCCGGCUUACUCCGCUCCAGGUUACUCCGAGAACUCUCCCGUCUACGAAGUUCCCCCAUCCAAACAGUAAAACACUCACUGAAUCAGCUGCAAUGAAAUGGAGGGUCUUUGUCAACGUCAUCUGAACAGUCUCUCCCUUCAUUUAUAAAAAUAAUUGUGCGUCCGCAUCUGCCGGUCAGAUGUACCAUCAUCCACACCCCUCACCUUCCGACCCUUGAAAAAAAAAAAAGAAAUCGUUAAUAUAAUAAAUAUUGUUCAAACUCAAAA